AUGAGUGACCCAGAGGAAGAUGUAGUAAAUGACAGAAAGAAGCAGACCCAGCCAGAUGAGUAUGACACACUCUUUCGUUUGAAGCCACUGAUGACUGAGAUAAAGGCCGUCUGUCAGUCUGCCUACCAUCCCAGGAAGCAGCUUUCCAUUGAUGAGAGGAUGGUGGCCACCAAGCUGUUGGAGGCGUUGGAUGAGAGCAGCUUUUGCACCAGGCUGAUCUGUGUCUUUGAUGGCAGAGCACAGAAAGGCAUGCUGCUGAUGGAGGUGUUCAGUUACAGUUCUCAUUUCCUGGACACGGACAGUGAAGUGGAUACAGUUAUUCUCGAUUUACCCAGUUCUUCUGAAUCACCAAGAGCCUGUGAUAUCCCAGAGCUAAAGAGGACUGACAGUGUAUUUCUUACUAAAAAAUCCUUAAACAUCAGUUCCACUUCAGAUGACUCAGUUAGCAGUAUCGACAACAGCGAAGAUGAUUAUGUGCCUGACUCUGAAAGCUGUUCAGAAGAAUCAGAAGAGAGCAUUCCACAGCCUUUGUCCAGUCCAUCUCCCAGUAUAACAUUCGAUGAUAAUGUUAAUUCAUUUUCCACGAAUGAAGACAAGGAAUGUCCCCCACAUGAGGAUGAGACUAUGACUCAUUCAGACAAUGACAGCAGUGAAGAGGUUUCAGUUAUGAAAGUGAAAAAGACUGCAACAGGCAAAAGAAUGUUCAACAAAAAACAGUACUGCUUUUAUUGCGCCAAACCAUUCUCCAAAAUAGCAAGACACUUGUCCCAGGUACAUAAAAAUGAGGUCGAAGUCGCAAAGGCUCUUUCCUUUCCAAAAUGUUCUAAAGAACGGAGGAUCAAUCUAGAUUUAUUAAGGAAUAAAGGCAACCGUGUACACAACACAAAUGUUCUUAAAGAUGGCAAAGGAGUAUUGGUGCCACGUCAGCAAUCCACUGCUAAACAUGUGAACGUUAAGGACUACAUGCACUGUUUGAACUGCCAAGGGCUGUUCAGAAGAAAAGCACUUUGGAGGCAUAUGCAAAGGUGCAACCUUGCCAAAAAGUGCCAGGUCACAAAACAAGGUAGAUCCAGAGUUCAAGCACUCUGUGCUUACGCGCAGCCUGUUCCUGAAGGAGUAACAAAAAAAUUAUGGAAACUGAUCAGUGACAUGAAGCAAGAUGAAGUAACACAGGCGGUUAAAAGUGAUACAUGUAUCAUCAAGUUCGGAGAACACUUGUGCAACAAAAUGGGGAGUGACAAAACCAAGCACGAAUACAUCAGAACUAAAAUGCGUGAGGCUGGAAGGCUGUUGGUGUGUGCUAGGAAAGUGGGAAGUCUACAGAGUAUUAAAGACUUUUUCAUACCCUCAAACUUCUAUCACGUUAUCAAGGCUGUUAAAGAUACUGCGGGAUUCCAAGAUGAAGAUGAAGUCUUCACAAUUCCAUCUUUGGCAUUAAAACUGGGCCACAACCUUAAAAAAAUGUCUGAUAUUGCAGAAUGUGAAGCAAUGAUCGCAGGAGAGGGAAAUGAUGUCCAAAAUGUAAAAAUGUUCAAGCAAAUGUAUGAAACAAAGUGGAAUGAGUACGUGUCAUCCUCAGCCUUGAAAACGCUUCAUGAAGCGAAAUGGAACUCUCCAGAACUACUUCCUUUUACUGAGGAUGUUAAAAAAAUGCACAUCCAUCUCAGCAAUCAAACUAAACUGUACCAAGAUAAGCUCAAACUUGAGAAAAGUCAGAAUAACUGGUCAAAACUUGCCCAAAUAACUCUGUGUGAAGUUAUUCUGUUUAAUCGCAGGAGAGCAGGAGAAGUUUCGAAAAUGAGGUUGAAUUCAUAUCUUCUUCGAAACACAUCUGUUUUACACUCCGAUGUUGCUGAUGCUUUAUCUGAAGUUGAGCAGAAGCUCUGUCAGCAUUUCCAACGCAUCGAAAUUAGAGGCAAGCGAGACCGAAAGGUCCCAAUACUCUUGACCCCAAGUAUGAUGGACUCCAUGGAACUACUUGUAAAUAAUCGUCAAACAUGUGGUGUACUGGAUGAGAAUUUUUUUUUCGCAAAGCCCAUGACUGAGACCUCAUUCUACCGUGGCACGGAUUGCAUCAGAAAAGUAGCCCACCAGUGUGGAGCCAAACAUCCAAAGAAUUUGUCAUCGACAAAGCUGCGGAAACAUAUUGCGACAUUAUCAAAAGUGCUUAAUCUAAAAGAUACUGAGAUGGACCAGUUAGCCGAUUUUAUGGGACACGAUAUAAGAGUCCAUAGAAAGUUUUACCGGUUGCCGGAAGGGACGUUACAACUAGCAAAGAUCAGCAAGGUGCUGAUGGCCCUUGAACAGGGAAGAGUAUCAGAAUUCAAGGGGAAAAACCUUGAUGAAAUUAACCUUGAGCCUUACGAGAAAGUGAAUGUAGGUAGUGAUGUGUCUGAAAGUGAGGAUGAAGAGAGUGAGAUGCCAGAGCCAAAAAAGCGACUUCAGUCUUCAGCUACAGGUUUGCGGCCCUCUGACUCACAAAGCAGGCUGUGUCCUCUAUCCACCAAACCUGCUCGCUCAAACCAGCCUCACCCUUUGCUGAUUCUACCAUCUGAAAUCUGCAUACUGAUCUCAGAGCUGCUGAGAGAUAAUGACAACCUGAAUCCAAGUAAGUUGCGAGAAACCUGGGUGUCAUGA